GGAACCCGUCAGGAAGAAGAAAAACAAAACAAACUCGAGAGAGCUUCAACAGCGUGCGGACUCCAUUGAAAAAGGAGCCUUAUUACCGACGGCGAGCUCCAACACCACGGGAGACGCAUGCGUGGGCGUCCCAACAACCUGAAGCAUACAGAGAUCCGUACCAGACCACAGCAGAGCAGGUUGAGCCCAGUCAUUCACCCGCUCCCUCCCUUCCCCACCCCCACCCUCACCCUGGUCUCACAGGCAGCGUCCACCCGCCCUUGUGAUCGUCUCCCUCAGCAGUAAUUUAUUGUGCUGAUCGAAUAGCCUCACGCCACUGGGACUGGACAGGCGGCCCAGAGAUUCCCGCCGCCGGAGCUCUAAGCCGUGCCUGGCAAUGCCUCAGCCCAGCGUCAGUGGGAUGGAGCCUCCCUUUGGGGACGCCUUUCAGAACUACUCCUUUGCUGACCAGGCCCUGACCAGCACUGAGCUGCUCGCCACGAGCUCUGACCCAGAUUUCAUGUAUGAACUGGACAGAGACAUGACCCACCGGCAGAGCCCCCGAGGUGACGGCGUUGUCGGGGUAGGGGACGGAGGGAAGGAGGUGGAGGGUUGCGUGGAUCAGCUCAUGGGACUUGGCGAGUGUGAGACGGUCUGCAGCAGCUCAGCGUUCGAACAGUGGGACUCCUACUGGGAAGACCUCACCAGGUAUACACGACUGGCCAGUUGUGACAUCUGGGGCACCAAAGAGGUGGACUUCCUUGGACUGGAUGACUUCUCCAGCCCCUACCAGGACGAGGAGGUGAUUGGUCGAACGCCGACACUCGCCCAGCUCAACAGCGAGGACUCGCAGUCCGUGUGUGAGGCGCUGUACCCCGCUGCCGACCUGAGCCUGCCCGCCCCUCAGCCUCAGCUCCAGCCUCCCCAGCUCCCCUGUCACAGUAAGAGACCGCUGGUCCCGGGUCAAGGGUCGGGCCCCGGCCCCAUACGGCCCUCCCCGAGCUCCGCCGCCUCCUCUCGGCUUUCCCGCAGCCCUCUGCCCGACUUCCCCGAAGGCUCCCAGAAAGCCACCAGGCCUGUGCCCUCCAGCACCGAGACCAUGGCCAAGACCCAGACCUACCUGAGUCUCAGCCAGGACCACAGCCAAGCUCACAUCAAGCCUCCGGGGCGAGGAACAAAGAUGGCUGCCCCGACCUCUCACGGCUCCCACUUCGUGCGGAAGGCUAAAGUCCGCGUGAGCGCCGUGUACAAAGCUGCAGCUGACGGGCCUUCUCAGGCGGACUUUGAGAGGUCGGACCCCACUGUGCCUCUUGCCCAGCCGCAAGACGAGAAGGCCUCCACUUCAGCAAGUGCCGCCGCCGCGGCGGGACUUCCCGGAGCUCCGGCCGCUGUUCCCGGCAGCCUGGUGUGCUUUGAAAGGAGGGCGGAGGGCGCCGCGAAGCGGGAGAUGGCCAUCGGGUGGUCCCCCACCGUGCCUCAGCUGGCGGAGGCCAGCCAGACCCUGGAGGGCAGCACCUCCGGGCCGGGGAGCGGCGACGGCGUGGCGGGAGCCAGCGGCGACGGCGUCCUGGUCGUCGAGAGCGCGGAGAAGAGCAAAGAGGAAGAGCACAACUACUCCCUGUUCCUGACCCGCAGCAGACUGGCCGGCAGGGCCCACUCCCAGCUGGAGGAGGACGAGGAGGAGGAAGACGAGGAGGAGGCGGAGGACGAGGAGGAGGAGGAGGAGGAAGUCGAUGGCCUGGAGCUAGACGACGAAGACCACGACGAGGGCUUCGGCAGUGAGCAUGAGCUCUCUGAGAACGAGGAGGAGGAAGAGGAGGAGGAAGAGGAGGAGGAGGAGGAGGAGGAGGAUGAAGACUAUGAAGCAGACAAGGACGAUGACAUGAGUGACGCCUUCUCUGAGCCAGGCUGUGACAUGGAGAUGAUGGAGGACGUUAAAGGCCUAACGGCGGGAGUCUCCAGCCGGAAGAGAGGAAAGCGCCGCUACUUCUGGGAGUACAGCGAGCAGCUCACCCCCUCCAAGCAGGAACGCAUGCUGAAGCCGUCUGAGUGGGACAGACACACGCUGCCGAGCAACCUCUACCAGAAGAACGGGCCCCUCCACGGAAAAUACAUGCUGAAGAAGUCUCGCCGCACAGACGUGGAGGACUUGACUCCCAACCCCCGCAAGCUGCUGCAGAUCGGCACAGAGCUCCGCAAGCUGAACAAGGUGAUCAGCGACCUGACCCCCGUCAGCGAGCUGCCGCUGACCGCCCGGCCACGGUCGCGCAAGGAGAAGAACAAGCUGGCGUCCAGAGCUUGUCGCUUAAAAAAGAAGGCCCAGUAUGAAGCCAACAAGGUGAAGCUUUGGGGACUCAGCACAGAGUACGAUCGCCUGCUGUUUGUCAUCAACGCCAUCAAGGAGGAGAUUGUCGUGCGAGUGGAGGACUCCUCUCCGCGUCCGACCAACAUGACAGACACUCUGGAGCGGCUCAUCCAAGACACACUUGUGCCAUCCCCUGUUGCUGGGCAGACUUCAGACUUCGUCAACAAGAUAUUGGAGAACACGGGGCGUGGCGAUCCCACCGGUGGACUGGUCGGUCUGCGAGUCCCCACCUCCAAAAUCUAGACAGAGCUCGCUCCACCGAAAGGGGUGGGCUAAAUGUUAAAACCGCGCUGUCCCAUUGUAACUAUGCUCCCUUCUGCAUGCCCCUCCAGCCCAGAGUACACACACAUUGUUCGUCACACAAACACACAUACCACUCCGCCGCGUGUGUGUAUGUAUGUGUGCUUGUUCUUGCCAUGCACGGGCAUGGCGUUACACCCUAGCUUUCUGUCUCUGCACGCAGCGUGCGGAGUCAGCGCAUCACCGUCUCCCAACCCAUCUUGAAGUUGCGUUGGGCAGAGCACCUCGAGAAGCGAGUGAUGGUUAGGUGUAUAGCGAAAUAGCACGUCCUAAAUCCACCGGAGAUUCUUAGAUGUGUUUAACAUAGCGUUGUGUAGGGUUGGCUCAGCUGGAGGUCUGCUUCCAGGGCUGCGACAGACAAGUGUAACCACUGGAAUACUUUGGCUUGAGGUUUUGAUGAGAAAAUAGGAAUCGCUACGCGUCGGGAGCCGUCAGAGCUAGUAAAAAAGUUCCAGUUAUCUUCCAGACUCAUUCAGUAAAGCACUUUGAUGAAAAAAAAAUAACAAGUAUUUGGAAGCCAAGAAAGCUACAGAAAAAAAAAAAGCAGCGUGCUCCGAGGCGCUUUGGGGUGGCAGGAAAUAUUUUGUAUUGAAGGCCUCAAUAUGUUCAUGCCAUCCCCUGUUUGCCAGUCAGCUCUGCUGUUGCCCAAAACAUUGGGGGAUUUCAACAAAAACAUCACAAACUGACCGUGAUCAUUCUGAUUGGAACGUUUCAGCAACAGACAUCUUCGCCGGUUUUGAAGCUUUGUUGCAUGCAGGAGAAAACUUACCGGCCGAUUGGCUCGCCUGAAACAGCAGGCGGCGGCUGACCAUGUAGCACGGUGCUUUUUUGGCCUUGUGCUGGUUAUAACUGGACUGAGUGAAACCAGCGUUCUCGCCAAGCGUGGGAUCAAGACAGACUGCGAGGUAGACGAUAACGGCGGCGGCAAGGUGACAUGAGCAGUGGUCCAUCUCCUCAUGGAAACUGUAUAUAACCAUGUCUCCCAGCGAACGGCUCCCCCUUUUUGUACAGUAGAAUAUGACCAGGCGUUUUGAUGACAACAGUUUGGUGUGUUCAUACUAGUGUUUGAUCAGAGUUCAAUUCAUUGUGCCUUGUGUAUGUGUGCGCGUGUGUCCCUGUAGGUCUGAGUCUGUGUGCGAGCGUGAGUGUGUGUGUGCGUGUGAGUGCGAGGUGCUGAACGAGAUGACGUGAUUGGUCAGAGCUCCCUGAGGUCCAGCCGAGGAGAGGACUACUUUACACUGAGGGACGUUCUUAGUGAGUGUGAGGAAGGACACACUUGUGUGGUUUGUUGUGUAUUUCAGUCGUUUGAAGAUAUUUUGAAUGUACAUAAAAACAAAAUGGAAGCUUUUGUUGCGUGAUGCCACAGAGUCUGUGUAUAUAGGAGGGCUCUGCAAUAGAUUACUUUUGGUUUUUGGUACUUGUCUUUGGGGGUCUGGGGAGGGUUGACAGAUAUUUUUUUGUUUAGAGUUACAAAAAAAAAAAAUUUGCACACUAUAUUUUGAUUGUUUUUUGUACCAAAGACACAUGCAACGAAAUGGCGACCAGCCAGUUAAAGUAAGGUUUUGCACAGCUUACCUGACGCCGUAUUGAAUGUAAGAAAUGUGGGAGGGUCAGGGAACUUCAUAGAACUGUGAAAUUAGCUUGGGUCCAAUUCUGUACAGAAAAGGAACAUUUAUUUGUUUUUUUGUUUCAAUCUGAAGAUUAACCCCGUUUGUGGGCUUCUCCAGUAGAUUUGUUUUUUAGAGAGCACUUCAUUCCUGAACCGACUGCUCCCUCCACAUGCUAAUUAUGUUAAUAGCGCUAGCUAGGAGAGAAACCCCAGAGCGCCGGUAGAUAAGCUAUGUUACAUUUUUGCUUGUUUGUCAAAAUGUCACCAACAGUAACCAAAAUGUUUUGUUCCUGUGUCACUUGUUUGAUUUCUGUCUGUAGACCAGGUCUAGUUUAUCAACAAGAUAUUAACUGAAUUGUGUUUAAAAGUACUGUAUAUAGAUACAUUAUGAUAUAUCUAUCGAUGGUGAAAUGCCACUUUUCAUGACAAUUGAUUCAUUUCUAAGCAUGACACAUUUCUAAAGCCUCUCCUUGCAUCGAGAAAGUUAGAAGAAAAAAAACGAACGACAACAAAAAAAACCCACAAAAAAAAAAGGUAUUGUUAUAUUUUUGUAUUUUAGCUGCUUGCCUAGUCGCCCUGCUGGGUCGGAGUUAUUGGUCAGUCAGAGGAGGAGAUGCAAAGAAAAUAAGAGUUGAAAGGUCUUAAAAUGCUUUCAGUCACAAACCGACGCUCGAGCCCUCGCUUCUCUUUACUGGCAGAGUCAGAACGAGAACAUGAGGACUGCGACUCGGCCACCCCGUCGCUUUAGUUCCAGCGGUCAGCAAAGAGAACGAGGAAGUGCUGAGUUUAGCCUGGACGGGGUGAGUCCAGAGAGAGCCUCAGAGGCGUGGAGGCAUGAAGAACCAGCUGCAGUAUUUGUCUCAGAUACUGUACGAAAGCCAAAGCCAUUAGAGUCUGUCCCAGACUGAUGUGAAUUCAGCACUGUGCCCCUCACACGUGAUUCUCUCUUCAGCCGCGAAGCUGGCUGGAUUUUGCGUUUCCUGGGUUUUGGCGCCGCAGCUCUCGAGGUUGGAUUGUUGAAUUCGUCCCUUGUCUGCCUGCCUUCUUCUUGCCUUUGAUCAUAAAUCCUCCCCGACUGGUCGCAGCAUCAAAGACUAACACAGAGCCGCGUUGUCCGGGCUGUAAAGGAUGCCUGACCGGGAAAUUUCAAAAUUCACUCAGACUUCCUUGAAGUUAGCAGGCAAUGAUAAUGCAAAUAGUUUAAAUGAGGCGGAAAACAGGUUCAAGUGAAGAAAGUACUCCUUCACAGAGCGAUGUCUGCUGAUCGUUACGUCUUUCUGUGCUGUGUGAUUAGAUAACAGCUAGUGCUACUCCUUUAAAUAAAUAUUUUCUAUUGUUUUCCGUUCUGUCUAAAAAGGGAGAAAUGGUGCUUUUUCUCAAACUAGAAUGAUGAGUGUCCAUGAUUCUUAAUUGACUCCUUAGACUAGUUGUAGCCUCAUGAUUUGCUCUCCCCGACCGUCCAUAGCUAUUUUCUUAGGAGUGAUUCGUUUUUGUAAAUAAACUAUAAGUUAAUACGUACCUUCUAAAUGUUAGAUAUAUAUGUAUAGAAUACUUUAUCUUAUAUGUUUGAAAACAAAAGCACUUUGUCCAAAAAAGAUAAAAACAACAAAAAGAAAAGCAUUUUUUUUUUCUUCCAUUUGCUGCUAAAUGGCCUGGUGUGAAUGCUGCAAGUGUACCUGACGACUACUUGCGUGGAAAGGCGUGUUCCCCGGCUCGGCCGGGUCUAUAAACUGGCAAGGAAUCGGUUUUCGGUGCAUGGCCUGACGAGGCGUUAGAUCUACACAUUUCUGGAGCCAUGAAAUGAUAUGUAGGUAAACGUGUGAGAGCAUAUCAUUGCUUGGCUUUGGGAAGCCCAGUGUCUUGAGAGAAUGGGUCUUCUUCCUGGUCAGGUGACUGUGUGACUUGUAUGUUUGUGGUCUUAAAAAAAAAGAAAAAAUAAGAAAAAACUUAUAAAAAAAAAAAAUAUAUAAACACACGAGGGUUUUGAUUCCAGGGCCCCUACGUUGAUCCUGAUGCUGACCCCCUUGGCGUCAUGAUUCAUUUGCCUUCAGUAGAGGUUUCCUAUGGAAAAACUGAUUCUGCUUUGGCUUCCUCUUCAGGGUGAUGUACAGUGUAGACACAUUUCUUCAGAGAGCUAUAUUGUUAUCAUUUGUAAACUGAUUUCUACUUGUGACUUAAUGAGGAGAGGUUUAGCCUGGGGCGGCCAGGAAAAGCCUGCUUGAAAGACGCCGUUCCCGGCCGCCUUGGGGGAAGUUACUAUAUCACUGUACUGUAUGGCAAGCCAAUUACAAAUGGAGACUCAAUCCGGACACUUAUUGCCUUCUUAAAUAACUUCACAUCCGCUCAAAUAACAACGUGGCAGAAGUGUCUGUGGCCGAGGGCAACGCCCGAGGUUGACGGCGUACUUCUGCCCAUAUGGUAAACAACAACAACCACAACCACAAAACCAUUCAGCCUGAUUGGCUCAAAACAACCUUGACUGAAGUAGCAGACGUAGUGAAGCAUAUCUGAAAAACAGACUUGUGGUUUGCGUCCUCAGAGAUGAUAGUUGAAGCAUUUUUUUCAGGUAUGAUUUUACGUCUGGCAGGGGGUCAACAGUGGUUGAAGGGCCGCUGGUUGAUGGCCGACUGACAAAGAGAGGCGUGUGUGUUUUGCUGUCUUUCACGAGGCUGGCGCAAGAAAGAGUCCUCACAGGUUUUUACAUUUAAAAUGAUAGGCGCAAGCUGUGCAACUUUACAUUCAAUCCAGGAGACUCUGUGGCAUUUUAAGAGUCGAGGUGAUGAGUGAAAAAUCCACGCCAGUAAAACUAUUCCUUCUUCUCUUUAUUUUUGAUGACAUGAAUCCUAUACAGUCAACUAUUAAGCUAAUAGAGUGUGUAACGUUGUGCUACUCUUGUCCAAUAAAAAGCUAUACGUGGAUCCAUAACGCUCUUCUUCAGCAAAUCAGGGUAAUAUCGUUCUUCUAUCUGACAUAUGUGAUGACAUAUAAAAUCUAAAGAAAAUAUAUUUAUGUAUUCCAAUUAUUGUCACUAUUCUUUACUCUGUACAAAAUACUGUGCGUGUGUGCGUGUGUGUGUGUGUGUGUGUGUGUGUUAUGGAUUGUCAAUGUCAAUCAAUAUGGUGCAACGCUCAAUACACAACCUAAAAAACAAAGGCCAACGGAUUUGUCACAGGAAUCCUCAAACACUCCCCGCUUUAAUGAAAUUGGUCUUUGAACGUCACACAAUCUGCAACAUCUUCCUGUCAUGAAGGAUUUGACGGAUUUCCAGCUCCGAUCAAACUGGGGUUUGUCACAUGGUGCUGAUAACAAUAAUAUUUAAACAACAACAACAACAACAACAAAAAAGGCAUCUGUCCAUCAGAUCAGACUCCCCUUUCAGCCCCUCCAUCAUUUACAUCAAUUCUAACUUUUUCUAUUGAUGGCUUGAGUUUUGCUGUUGGACCAAUCAGAGAAAGAUUGACCUUGAUCUUUGCUCUAAGCGACAGCAGAAUGAGGAAAUCUGGAUUGCUGACUUGUGUGAUCGUUAUUAUUGAGCAUAUACCAUGAUUUUUUCUUUGUAAAAGCCAGUCUCUGAGAUUUGAUACCACAGCCCCAAAGUUUUCGUUCGUGUUUUAUAAGAUGGGUGAACAUGGUUUGGUUUAAGUUUAUUUGAUAAGGGUAUUGAGCCUGCUGUGUUGGUCUGUUUUGAUUGGUAAAGUAACAAUAUGGAGUUUGACAUCUGAUUAAAAAAAAAACACCAUAGACAGCUCAUGUGGAAUGAAGAUUUCGAAAAUAUUACAAAUUGCACCUUUCGCUGUUGAUUGCUUGUAGAAAUGCUCUUAAUAUUCUGCAUUCCCACCUGCAGAGAACCGUAGCAUUUUUCAACUCAUUUUUUUUUUAAUCAUGUAGCGUACAUAAAAAGCUCUGGAAAACAUGAAAUUGUCACCUGUACACCAAAAGACUAUAAAUAUUUUUUGUGACAAAUUACUCAAAAAGCUGGUCAGGCUUGUUUUACAACGAAUUGGGGUCAUAAAGACAAACUUUAAAGGGUUUGCUGUGGCGUCGAAUCUCAGAGUCUGUCUUACAGUUCCUCGUGUGUCAUUUCUAAUGUAUCCGGUCUUGUUCAAACUCACGUGCGCUGCCCUCUUUGCUUGUUAAAAGCACCUCAGCGUCGGAGGUCGUAUGCUUACUACCUUCCGCGUGUUUUCCCAGAAUGCAGCAGGAGUUGUGUUUCCGCAUGCCGAUUACCCUGCGUAGCUCUGAGAGAACAAAGUGACGUCCGAAGUGACUCACAGAUGGGAAAUAAUUUCUCUGAUGGGUUUUAAAAAAAAAAAAAGGCUCUUCACCAUCACAACAAGUUGUCGCAUGGCUUUAUGGGCUCUCUGUACUCUCAGUUGUAUGAUUUCAUACUUGCUGCUAUUGAAUGAGCACAAAGAGACUUCAGAUUUAGGGGUGUCCAUGACACAGUCUUAUUACAUUCUGAUGAUACCCCCCCCCCCCCCCCCGUUCUUCUUCUGCACCUUAUUUCCUACGACCAUCAAAAGACCAACAGCAUUACUCACCUUGCACUUGGUUUUUACACAUACAAGGAAGAAAAAAAACCAACAUUUUGAAUAUGAUGCCUGCUGAACCAGGUGCCUUAAUCAAAUAUAUGAGAACACAAAUCUGCACCUUUUGUCAGUCUGGAGGGGGUUUCCCUACAGAAACAAGGGGCUGGGUUUCCCAAAACCUUCACCUGAACUACAACCGUGAAAUAAAAUUCUCAUUUUAACCCAGAACUACAAUUUCAAUAAUAAUCAACCUUUACUAAAGAAUAAAAGCUGUGGCUUUUGUCUGGAUAAUGAAAAAAGUUAAAUGAUGGGAUUUGGGAAACCUGGUUCUUUCUCUUUCUUUUUUAUUUUCUUUUUAAACUCUUUCUCUGCCCACUACGCCACGUUCUUGUGUUUUCUGUAUUGGCUGCUGCUGCUAUCACCGCCUGUGUUUCCGUGUAGAGAAGAGCAAACUUCCACUGUGUAAGAGACAGAGGGAGACCCGGGCCUGCUUUUUACCAAGUCAAUUACAAGGCAUUCUUCUUCUUCUUCUUCUUCUACUUCUUCUUAUAUGGUUUCGACAUGGAGCACUGUGUUGAAAAAAAAAUUCAAAAAAACAAAACAAAAAAAAAAAGGUUUGAUUUCUUAACUUUGCUCAUAUGAAGUGCCAGACCCUCCUUGAAGCCAGUGUUGGCACUGAGUCGCAGGCUGCGAAUGAAGCGACAAACCUGAGCAUGGAGGUAAACUGUGGUGCUAACCUGUCAGUGGCUGGGUGCUAACACGGCUGAGUUCAGUAGCUGUUUUAGCCAUAUUAUUCCUUCUUCUGUCGACGACUCCGGUCAGUCCUGUGUUUCUGACUGCUGCACUGCUGUAUGCUGACUUAGCGAGGUCUAACUCUGCUGCUGCUGCUUUGCUGAUGAAUGUAGACUCGUCUUCCUCGGCAGGAUCAUACAGACAGACGGGAGUGUCUGGUGGAGCUUUUCCUGUUGUUUGACUCACAGAGGGAGACUCUGGUCGUCAGGAUCCAGAAAGAUCUUGAAUGUUGUAUCUUUAUAUGGCCGCUGUCCUGCUUGUGUUUAAAAUCUUUUUUUUUUAAUAUAUUUUGGUUUGAUAUUUAUGCUCUUGUCAAAUGUUGCACAAUUAAUUAUUUUUCCUAAAUUAUAUUUUAUUGCCAUAUUCUCUGGUCCCAGUGUUCUUACGAUUUGUUUGCUAUUUAUUUGUUUCGUCCUCUUAAUUUAACAUGCAAAGAGACCAUUUUUAAAACUAGAUUUUAUAGCUUUUAAACAAGCUUUAUCAUGAGGCUCGUGAUUCACAGACAUAGAGGUCAAAGUCACAGUGAAACCAUUUAACAACUGAAACACAAAAAAAAAUGCUACACUAUAAAGUGAUGAAUUUGUUCAGAGGGGAUUUACUGUUAGAAAAAAAAUAUAUAUAAAGGGAUUAAUAUUUAUCGAUUCAAAAUGUGAUCCAACGCAGACUAAAACAACUCUCAAAUCAAAUAACAGCUCUGUAAUAUUAGUUUUACUGUUUAUAUAAUAUUAUAUAUUUUCAAUUUUAUUUCAUUUUUAAUGAAUGCAAUGUAUUCCCUCUCACCGCUAGAAGGAGCUCAUGUAUACCACAGUGUUAAAAUCAGGAUGUAGAUCCUGCUUCAUCUCAUUGUUUUUGUAAUAUUAACUGUGACCACUAGAGGUCCCAGAGGUCUGACCUUUAGCAGCCGCUCAGUAAAGAUGGGCGGUACUUAAAAUUAAACAAAUAAAAAUAACAGUGACAGUUCAGCUGAGAGUAAUUGACAGUAAGAAAUUGUAGUUCGGUUGACAAGGUUUUUCACGAACUAAAGCUACAAUUGUCCCAAAAAAUUUUUUAAUAGUUAUCACAUGAAAUACAUCUUCUUGCCCUUGCCAAUGCACUUGCUGUAUUUAAUUAUCCUUUAUGUCUUUAGUUGAGUUUUAACACCCUGCUAACAGCAGCAGGACUUUCAUUGUGAAUUUGACUCUUUCUGUCUGUGGGGUCACGCCGCCUUCUGUCAUUGGAGGUUUGUCGCGGUCAGACGUGGCGUUCGAGCCUUUAACUGAACUCAUGGAGUUCCCAAGCUGAAGCUCGCCUUGACUUGUCUUUCCGUCACGACCGAGGUUCACGAACUUCGUCAGGUUAGGAAGUGGGCUUGUUCGCUGUCCCUGACUGAAAAAAAUGAAGUUUUAAUUAUGAUUGCUGUUAUUAUUUUGUUGGAGAGAUUAAUUGGAGAUGUUUCACUCCCUCUGGGUGCUUUGUAUAAAAAAGCUGAUUGCAGAAGGGCUUUGGUUUGCAGUCGUCCUGUCAGGGAGCUCCUGAGAUUAGCCGGGGGUCACUAAAGGCUGGUGGGCAGAGACUCCUCACCCUCCCCUGCAACGAUUGAAAGGGGGAGGGAUUUGUUUCCUCUUCUGCAGACUGAUCUUAUCAAAGCAAACGACAACAACAACAACAACCCACGUUCAAUAAUAACAAACAAAACCCCUCUUUCUAUUUCUGCACACGUCCAACUCAUCAUCCAACACUGCAGUGAUUUACAUCUCCUUCCAGACUUGCCAAAAUGCACGGAGCAAGAGACAUUUAUAAUGACUAAGAAAAUGUUUAUCCUACAGCAACCUUUCUGUUUCCUUCCUCUGUUUUCUUUCAACUAUUUCAAAAA